AUGUUCAAUCGUAUUUUAUUUAAGUCGCCUUCAUUCAGUGGCUUUACACGAGUAAAUUUACCUACAUUUAAACAGACGAAUUUAAUAUUAAACAUUCCAGUUUUAAAUAUAGCUUGUGGAAACGUUGACAACGAUGAACCGUUUAUGGAGAAGGAAAUUCUGUUGCCCUACACCCAUAUCCGGCAAGGACCAGGGAAGCAAGGUCGCGAGAAGAUCGUCAUGGCUCUAAAUCACUGGCUGCAAAUAUCCGAUGAAAAAUUGAAAACCAUUUUUGAUAUAACAGAAACUAUACAUGUCGGGAAUUUAUUAGUUGAUGAUAUUCAAGAUAACGCGAACAUGCGGCGAGGCGUGCCUGCAGCGCACCGCGUGUACGGGGUGCCUAUGACCAUUAAUGCUGCUGGUCACAUAUACUUCUUAACUUUAAGCAAGGCUUCAAAAAUCGACCGUCGGAUACCAGAAAUACUAUCUAAUGAGUGCCUAAAUGGGGUUCGUGGUCAAGGCGUGGACAUUUACUGGCGUGAAAAUUUUAUAUGUCCUACAGAGGAGCAGUAUAUGGAGAUGGUAAAACGUAAAACAGGAAUUUUCUUCAAUAUGAAUUACCGUUUAAUGCAACUAUUCAGUGAGAACAAAACCGACUACAGUAAACUCGUAAAUAUGAUAGGAUGCUACUUCCAGAUAAGAGACGACUACUGCAAUCUAGUUCAUCCAGAGGAAUUAGAAGAAUGGCCGAAAAAAGAAGAUGCAGAGGAUUCACUUAAGGGAAGCAACUUCUGCGAUGAUAUAACUGAAGGUAAAUUCAGUUUCCCCGUCAUACAUGCGCUACAGAAGCCACAAGGUGCGGAGAUACUCAAUAUCCUAAAGCAAAGAACUCGAGACGUGUCAUUGAAGAAGUACUUUGUGUCUCUUCUGAACACGCUCGGCAGCUUGCAGUACACUCGCAACGUUAUGGAAGAGAUGGACCGUGAAGCGAGAGCUAUGAUAUCAAAAUUCGGUGGUAAUCCAUUAUUGGAAACUGCACUCGACGAGCUACUUAACUGGAAAACCGAC